GAUUAGCGUCAUUGUGGGCGCCAUGUUGGAUAUGUAAAAGGAAAUACUGCGUGUUGACGACAGUGAUUUUCAUUUCUGGGAAGAAUCAAGUGUUCAUCUUGUGAGGUCGCCGAUGGAGAAGAGCGAAUACCUUUAAUCGUACAUAAAACUCAAUUAUCUAAGAGGUAUCAGUAGCGGUGUACAAGAAGAGACUUCACAAAUAAGAAAAGAAAAGAAUCGGUCGACGACGUCGUCGUCGUUGUACAAAACGGAAUUAACCCGGCGUUUUUAAUAUUUGGAUUUCUGAUUUUUUUUUUUUAUACCUAAACACGUUCGGUUGAGGUUCAAAUGGCGUGUGGAGCCACAUUAAAAAGGACUUUGGAAUUCGACCCUCUGAGCCCCGCGUCCCCGAAGCGGAGACGAUGCGCGCCUCUGUCCCCGGGCGCGUCCCCGCGGAAGUACCUGAGGAUGGAGCCGUCGCCCUUCGCUCAGGUGUCGUCUAGACUCUCCACAGAGCAAAUCCUUCUCAACAUCAAGCAGGAGUACAAGCGCAUGCAAAAGAGACGGCAUCUAGAAAGCACUUUUCAGCCGACGGACAGCUGCUACUCGCUGGACUCCCACGCCUCCGUCUUGAGCGGAUCUUCCCUCCCAGGUACAUCAUCCGGAUCAUCUUCUCCAUUAAGAAAAGAACAGCCUUUAUUCACUUUAAGACAAGUUGGUAUGAUCUGUGAACGCCUAUUAAAAGAACGUGAAGAGAAAGUUCGAGAGGAAUAUGAUGAGAUAUUGACUACAAAACUAGCAGAACAAUAUGAUGCUUUUGUGAAGUUCACACACGAUCAGCUAAUGAGGAGGUUUGGGGAGCAACCUGCUAGCUAUGUUUCCUGAGUAAGGCAUGAUGUCUGCAGGGAUGCCAGUUUCCCCCUUCAGUUGCUGCAAGCUGUUAAGCCGAUUCCCUGCAAAAGGCAUCUCCAGAGACUCUGCUGAUCCUAAGUCAGACUUAUAGCUGUGCCGUACGUCUCCUGUGGGCACGAGCCAUUUUAAGGUGUUGUUGGUAGCAACCACUUUCUCUUCACAAAUUGGCGCUUGGAGUGUUUCCUGCUGUGAAUGUGGACCUCUGCUACCUAUAACUCAAGCAGUGGCCUCCAGUGUUUCAUUUGCUGUACUCGUCUUAGGCUUCUUUCUGGCUCCUUUUAUAAAGGCAUCUGAUGUUCCCCACAGCCAGAUUUUCCCUCGUGUACUAUAGAACACUGUAGAACAUUGUUUUAAUUUUUGCAGAUCAGUGUAUUGUGGUGGGCAAGAACUCCCGUUUGGUCACAUGACAGUGAGGUUAAAUGUGCCUCAGACAGGUCCAUUGUAUUAAAUUCAUACAUGGGUUAAAGACUUGGUUAUUUGAUAUAUACAUAGAUUAAUUUAUUUUCAGUACCUGUUUUUAUUUACAUUAUGCAGUAACUGCCCACAUUGUGUAAUGGACUUUGGUUGGGGGAAGAAAAACCAAUAAAACGUUUACAUAGAA